AUGUCUCGAUCGUUGAAUUUUUUCGAAAAGAUGGCCCUCAACUUUGGAGUAAUUUAUCGUCACCAAGCAAAUCAAUUUCCCCGCCGCUUCGGAACACUUAAAGAGGUAUGGGCCAAAGAAUUACGACCACCCACUAGCUCUGACCUUCCAAAAAUCAAGAGCGAGUGGCAAAAGCUCUGCAAAGACGUUCAAAGUCAAACCUACAAAAAUUUUACUGUUCGAGAGCUCCUUGUUUCGGUGGCCGUGGGUAUGGAGAUCUGUGCUUGGUUCUUUGUUGGAGAAAUGAUUGGUCGGCGCAAUAUUGUCGGAUACUUGGUCCCGGCCGAUUACAUCAGCAAGGAUACCAGGAAGAAAGCCAAGGCAGCCGAAAAUGAAAAACCCCGAGUUAUC